AUGCCACGUCGACAAACACAGCCGACGUAUUCUCACCCAGAAAUUGGCAGCAAUCUUCACGAAGAGGAAGAGGAAAGAGAGGAAAACGCAUGGGGUGUACUCGGUCCCCUCACGUAUGCUCCCCACCCACAGAAAGCCUCAAGCCUCAACAACAGACCUCCUCGCAAUCCCAACAAAUCUCGCUCUUCAUCGACCUCCCAGACAUCACAACCACGGCACUCUGGAGCAGCUCAAUACUCUAAGCUUUACUCACAAUUCAUAAAGCGCUACCGAUCUACGGGGCAGGAAGCCUCUGAAGACGUGGAUGACCCACGCACUGAUCCUGACAGCCACUAUUUUCAACGUGGUUUGGGCCAAUUGAACGAUGCAGGCGACAACAGCGGCGACGACGAUCCUUCCCGUGGGUCCCUUCUUUCAGGCGACGACCGAAUGGAAUCUGAACCAAUACAACCGGCGUCCCAACAGGAAAAGGAGCGGCUUGAGUGGCAGGCCCUCCUCUCAUCUGUAUUGUCUGGGGAUGUCCUCAAGUCAGAGGCCAGCAGAAUUGCAGGCGCGUUAAAUUCCCUCGGCGACGAGCAAACCAACUUCCAUAUCAACCUAUGGCUCGGCAUUCGUGCCAAACUUCACACACGGUCGGUCGAAGAGGAGAGAAGGAGACUGGACGAACGAAGGCUUCGGAUAGUGGAUGGAGUCAUAGACGAGAUUAUGGGAUUUAGAGUGUCAGACCCCGAACCAGGAUCAGACAUCGACGCAACCGUGUCUGCCUUCUCAGCAGCUACGACUGCACUUCGGCGUCUUGAAGUCGUGCAAUCGUUAUAUCCCACUUUGAAAGCGUUCUAUCUUGACAAGCCAAAAGCGGCUGAAGGAACAUUCCAAGCGCGUUGCGACACGCUGAACACCUGGUUCAAUGUUCAUACAACUCUCAAACACCAUUUCGCCCUUCUACGCCGCUGGACGGGUAGUGCUACUCUCGACGUCAGCCAGCCAUUUACCAGCAAUGAAGUACCUAUUUUUCCCACUUCCUCUCCUCGACCGGGUUCAAAUGGUCCUUUGAACGCGGAUGUCGCAGAUGGGACCAGUUUCGUGGAACGUUUGCUCAAGGAGGAAUCUAUGCAGCUCACAUUCGAAAAGGGUUUUCUUGUAACCGUCCACGCCUUUCUUGGAGCAACUCGCGACGCUCAGGUCAACCUUUCUUCGUUAUUUAAAGAGAUGAAUCUGCCUACAUUCGAGAAUGAACUGGUUCCCUUGAUAUCUUUUCCGACAAAGCUAGCGCAGGCUGGACUGCGGUUACGCCUGGACUAUGUUCAGAAGCUGAAAGAUCCUGACAUACUGAUCGUUGACCAGAUGAUCGAAGACCUCAAGCUGAGCAUAGGUUUGGCUUGUACGCUCAAGCGACAAUACGAAGCUAUUCUAGCACCUGACCCUGGAGGCAAUUGGAACCUUCCUCAAUGUAUCAGUGAGGAUUACGAUGCCACCAUCCGUGAUGCUUUGGUCAGCUUUUUCAAGUUAAUACAUUUAAAGCUGAAAAGCGACGCCAAAGGAAUUCUCUUCAAAGAGACGGAUAUAUUGGAAGCGCAAUGGGCAACCUUCAACGAUGUCAGCGUCACUACAGCUAAAGGGUCUUGUUCAGUCGCGGAACAGCUGUGUUCUCUGACCAACAGAUUGAUGGUACGAGUGACGAAUUUUUUCGACACCCAAGUCCGUGUACCUUCAGGAGGGAAUACUGCUGAACGUUAUAAUCAAAUGAAGAUCGAUCAGGAUCCUUAUAUGACCCCAAACAUGCGGCUUACGACGGGCAGAAAAAUGACUGAUGAACAAUUAAUUAGCUGGUACAGCAAGAUUCUGGAAAGUGUCCGUCUACGGUACCGUAAACUGCAACGUUUUGCCAGAGUCCUCACGCAACGCUUCAGCAACUCGGCCGAGUACAGCCUGGAUGACGUUCCGCUGGACGAGUUCAUUUCUCUUCUUGUGGCUUCCGAUCAUUUCCUGGUGUAUACGCAAUCGUUUGAAGAAGACGGAAUCUACAUUGUCGCCUCUCAUUCCCUCUUCGGCCAGCCGGAAUUGAUACGAAAAAUGAUCGAUGAGGCAUUCCACGUAGACGAUGUCACCGCUGAAGACGGUCAACCCCUUCUAGGUGGCCUCGAUCCAAAUGUUCAAGACCCUGACGAAGUCGGCUAUAUUCUGGUCCUCUCCCCACAAACCCAUUUCUUAUGGAACGGUCGUGUGAUGAUCCUGAGCAUCCUUAACACUCCUUUAGACCUCAAGGACGAUCGGGUUCGUUUAAUUGCAUAUGGGCCUCAGAGACGCCUCAAUCUUGCCAAACAAAUCUUCAUGGAGUGCAUCGACCCAAUGUAUGACGACGGAGAAAUAAACUCGAGCUCUUGGACCUUGACAUGUCUGGUCGAAGCGCAGGCACAUUUGCCUAGUGUUAAUAAAGAGCUGCGGAAGAUUGCUCGGGCAACCAACCGCCUAGCAGAGUCCAUAGUCGACUCUGUACAUCAAGUUCGAAGUUCUCUGAGAGCCGUAAAUGGAGGGCAGGAAGUACUCGCCAACUGGUUUCUCUAUGCCUCUGAACACGGGCAACAUGCGCAUCGCUAUAUGGACCGCUCUUCGCUCCUCAAAUUUAAUCGACUUUUAAUCAAGCUCGCUAUCUCUUGGGUGUCAUUUAUCUGUGACGAUUGCGAUCCCACCGAUCGGAAGACUUUCAAGUGGGCUGUCAAUGCGCUGGAAUACACACUCCAUCGCACGAAACGCAAUAUCCUGUACUUACCAGAUGAGCAAUUCGAGAUGCUCAGAUCCAAAGUUGCCAGCUGCAUGACCCUCUUAAUCAGUCAUUUCGACAUUCUCGGUGCUCGGUCCAUCUCGGAGGCCAGGAAAGAGAAGGAAAAGCAAGAAGAGCUACUGAAGUCGCAAAUCUCGGGUGCCAAUGUUUUUGAGGAAGAUUCAGCCAUCCUCUCCCUCGAACAAGACGACCCUGUUUUAGCAGAUCCCAGCGCACGGCUGUACUGGGAGAAGGUUUCGAAGAUCCUAAGAGGGAUCGAGGAGACACGGGUAACAACCGGAUUGAAGCAUCGGAUGUUAGGCAAGGUGCUUAAUGAAGAAAUACCUGAAGACAGGUCUCUCUCAUUCUUAGCAUCAUCGAGUUCCAACAUACCCAUUCGUUGGCAACAAGGCAAAUUCAUUGGUGCCGGUGCAUUCGGUUCGGUGUAUCUCGCACUCAAUCUUGAUAACGGCACCCUUAUGGCCGUGAAAGAAAUCAAAUUUCAAGAGCUCUCUGGUUUACCCAAUCUCUACAGCCAGAUCAAAGACGAACUGAGCGUCAUGGAGAUGUUGCACCACCCCAACGUAGUUGAAUAUUAUGGAAUCGAGGUCCACCGAGACAAGGUAUAUAUCUUUGAAGAAUAUUGUCAGGGUGGAAGUCUUGCAACUCUUCUGGAACAUGGACGAAUCGAAGAUGAAGGUAUUAUCCAAGUCUAUACAAUGCAGCUGCUAGAAGGAUUGGCAUAUCUACAUUCUCGUGGUAUCGUACAUCGAGACAUCAAACCCGACAACAUCCUUCUUGACCACGAGGGCGUUAUCAAGUACGUGGAUUUCGGUGCUGCAAAGGUCCUUGCCAGAAAUCAGCGUACUGUUCAUCGAUCACGUCGCGCGCCGGACCUCCCAAAUGCCAAUGGAAUGGGCAACUUCAACGUAGCUGCUAUGAGCAAUGGGUUAACGGGGACUCCGAUGUACAUGUCCCCUGAAGUCAUCAAGAACGACAAGCGGGGCCGACAUGGCGCUAUGGAUAUAUGGUCUCUUGGCUGCGUUGUCCUUGAAUUCGCGACAGGCAAAAAACCCUGGAGUAAUCUUGAUAAUGAAUGGGCGAUAAUGUUCCACAUCGGCGUUGCCACUCAGCAUCCCCCUCUCCCCGAGCCAGAUCAACUCAGUGACCUAGGGAUCAACUUCAUUAAGCAAUGUCUGACAAUCGAUCCCGUACGGCGACCUUCAGCCAUAGAGCUCAUGCAGGAUGCUUGGAUGCUCGAGUUCCGGGAGACUUUGAUGCAAUACGAAGAAUUGGCGGAAACGACAUCCUUGGGAGACGGUCGCAUCCCAAAAACUGCUUCAGUUGCACGACAAGUUCCGGUGUCAUAG